AUGGCUUCCCUUGUCAUGCUCUCUGCUGCUCUCCUCCUCGGCCUCUUCCUGCCUUCCUCCAUGGCCAACAACGUUCUCUUUGGCGGUGACAGGCUGAACACCGGCGAAUCCCUCAGAGAAGGGAACUUUAAAUUCACCAUGAUGUCCGACGACUGCACCCUGGUGCUGAACGACAACGACCAGACCGUGUGGUCCUCCCCCACCAACGGCCUAGGCAACAACUGCUUCGCCCAGUUGCAGAACAACGGCAACCUCGUCAUCCGCAACGACAUGACCAGGUUGUUUGGUCGAGCAACACCGCCGGCGAGGAGGACAACUACAUCCUCGUCCUGCAGAACGACGGCAGCGUCGUCAUCUUCGGCCGCUCUAUAUGGUCCAUCCCCCCCGGUUCCAACACCGCCACUUCCAAAGGCGCCGUGA